AAAAUAACCUAAUCUGGAUGAACAUUUUCUUCCUGUUUGACAGAGGUGUUUUAUUCUCCCCCCGUACAAAUCUUCACAAUUUUCUUGAAAGAUUGUCAAAAAGAUAAACACAUUUAAAAUGUAAUCUAACUUUUGUCGAGUGGUUGCAAGAAGUAAACGUUCAGUCAGAAGUAUUUCACAUAAACGGAGUAGAUAAAAGUGUAUGAACAUAAAUCAUCUGUUUGUGUUUUAACUUUACCCAAAGAAGUCUUGACGUUUCCUUCAUUUUGGAUUUAUAUAUAUAUACAUAUUCUAGUUAUUUUCCACAGUAAAAACCAUGGAUUAUAUUAUGAGCAAAAUGGCCAAAAGCAAGUCGAAGGCGCAGAAGAAAGAGGACAACACAGGUCAGAGUAUUGGAUGUCCUUUCGAGGUCCAUCAUAAUUUCCAUGUCGGGUUUGACCACCUGACAGGGGAUUUGAACGGUCUACCACCAGCUUGGAAAGCGUUACUGGGCAGCUCGGAUAUUACUACAGAAGAACAGAAGAGUAAUCCGGAAGCUGUGAUCAAUUCAUUGAAGACCUACAGUAGAUCUAUCAAACAAACGCCAGAUGAACGCUACCUCAAGGUUAUUCACUCUGAAGGUGAACCUUUAGAGGAUCAGGAUGAUGUAGAAACAGAAGCAGCUAAAGAUGGGGCGAAUAAAACAGAAGAUGAUUCUAAACCUGUUGAUGUCACACAAGAAAAUGACGAGGUAUAAUCUUAACUUUAUAGUAAUGAA